AUGUGGCUAACUUCCUAUGUGUUACCAAGAUUGAAGAAUAUUUUGCUCUUGCAAUUCCAUAUAACGCUACCACUAAACUACUUGGUUUUACUGCUGUUAAGUACAGUUAUCAUCACCUACCUGUUUCUUCGUACAAGAAUUUUGUCCAAUUAUUCUCAAUUGAAGGAUGAUGUCUCUGAUGAGAAUAAUAUCAACAGGAAAGACUACAUGGAUGCUUCUUCUGCUUCCUUCCUGUUAAAUCGUGAAAAACAUAAGGGAUUCACAUCUUACUUGGACGAAUUCUUAUCAGCAAUAAAGAUCUUUGGAUAUUUGGAGAAGCCUGUCUUUCAUGAAUUAACUAAGUCUAUGAAGACUGAAAAGCUACAAGAAGGAGAAAUCGUUUUAUUGGAUGAUUCUGUUGGGUUUACGAUCGUCGUAGAGGGAACUCUAGAAAUUCUUCACAAAAUGGAUAAUCGCCAUUCCAAUCCAUCAGGUGAUGCAGCAGCAAAUGCAACGGCUUUUGAACCUCCUUCAAAUGACGAUGGAUACCUUAUCAAUGGUGAAAAGUUCCAGUUAUUGAAUAUCGUGAAAACUGGUAACCCAUUAUCGUCCUUGGUAAGCAUCAUGAAGCUCUUCUCGAACCGCUCAACACAUCUAAAUGAAGGUACUCACCCUUCAACAACAAAUAACACUCCAGGACCUGGUUCUCCCAACCUCACUGGUGAGAUUAACAGCUUCUUAGACUCCACAUUACCUGCAAAAUUCGGAUCUGCAGAUAGUGCAAAUGGCAAUCACCCAAUAUCCCCCAUGGAACUAGAAUCAACGUUUGAUAAUCUAUCAGAGGCAUCGGAGAAUGAUCGCUCGGCGAAGAUACCAGACAUUAUAGCUCGUGCAGCGAGUGAUUGUACCAUUGCGAUUAUACCUUCGUCAUCUUUCCAACGUCUUUUAGUGAAAUAUCCUAGAUCUGCCUCACAUAUUAUCCAGAUGAUUUUAACAAAACUAUACAGAGUUACUUUCAAAACUGCUCAUACCUACCUAGGUCUCACCAAUGAGAUUAUUUUUACUGAAUUUCAGUCUAUUAACAAGGACAACCUGAAAUUACCAGAGUACUUCCGCAGAUCUAUCAUCAGCUAUUUCACAAACAGACAAGAUGACACAGGAAGUUCAGCCUCCACUAUACAAAAAAGGCCGCAGCUACACAGGCGAGAUUCCAAUAACUCACUAAAUUACGGCUCAAGGCAUGUUGUAUUGAAUUCCAGGGAUCAAUACAAUCCCGGUGACCUUCUCUCUAAUGUACCCUUACCAAGAUUGAAUCCACAGCAGAGAAAUGAUCUCUCAAAUACCAAUUCUUCCUCUACCUUGAGCCGUGCGGAUUAUAGACCGAUCAUAUUAAAUAACUUUUCGUCAUCACAGUUUGAAGAGACAGAAGUCUCUUCUUGGAGAUUGGCAUUAGUUGAAAUAAUUUUCCAGCAGUUGGGAAUAACAAAGGAUACAAUCGAGCCCCCAAUUUCAGAUGACUUUUCGCUCCAUGAUCAUUCGUUAGAUGAAAAAGGGUUGGUCAGAAGGUCAUCCUACUCUUCAUUUACAUCCCUAUCUUCAUCUAUCGCGACCCACUCCAGCAAUCACCUAGUAACAUUUUUGCCUCGAGAGUCGCAACAAUUUUCAAGAUUGAACAGAACCGGCGGUAAAAUGGCUUCACAUAGUAAGAGAUUGAACGGCUCUAGUAGAUCGAACUCACGUACAGACAGAUCAGAAUCUUUUGACCACUUUAGAAAUGAGAAUCUGGGUGGCGAUAAUCAAUUUUCGGAUUUUGAAUCAGUUAAAGAAGAUUUCUCUAAAUGCAUAAAGAUUCUCAAAUUUGAGGAAGGAGAAACUAUACUCUGCCAAAAUUCUAAUCCGCAAGGUAUUUAUUAUCUUGUAAGCGGAGAAGUUGAUGUCAUAUCUGAGACUAAAGACGGCAACACAGAUGAGAGUUAUGAAAGAACUCUAUACACUGCCACAGAAGGUUACAUCCUUGGAUAUCUAUCGUCCAUCCUAGGUUGUAAGUCGCUUGUGACGCUCAAAGUAAGCAAAGGUCCAGCUUAUCUAGGGUUAAUUCCUUAUAAUGAUUUGGAGCGUUUAUGUGAUAAAUAUUUCAUGAUCUACUUAAAGUUGUCUGAAAUUUUGACUAAUUCCUUGAGUCCCAAUUUGUUGCGGUUGGACUAUUUCCUUGAAUGGAUUCAACUAGAUUCUUCUGAAACGUUAUUCAACCAAGGUGAUCCUGCUAAUGGUGUUUACCUAGUAUUGAAUGGUAGACUAAGGCAGCUAUUCUAUGAAGAUGCAGACUCGGACAUUGUAACUCAAAUGGCGGAAUUAUCAAAAGGAGAAAGUUUUGGAGAAGUGGAAGUGUUGACUGCCAUUCAUAGACUAAACACAGUGGUAGCCAUUAGAGAUACUGAGUUGGCUAGAAUCCCUCGUACAUUGUUUGAGUUCUUGGCUGUCGAACACCCUUCUAUCAUGAUUCAUGUCAGUAGAAUGGUGGCCAAAAAAGCAAUGCUAAUGAAUUUUAAAUCUGGUAUAGGCUUCUCCGGUUCACAACCGAUCACUAAGCUAAUUGGAGAUGAAACAGCGAUGCAAAAAAGGUAUGACUUUAAUCUUAACAUAAAAUCCAAUAAAUCCUCUAAGAAGAACGAGCUUAUAAGUAAUACCGUAAAUUAUAAGACUUUGACGCUUUUACCGAUUACUGAGGGUCUACCAGUAGAGGAAUUUGCUUAUAAAUUGAUCAAUGCAUUAAGGCAGUGCGGAAAGACAACAAUUGGGUUGAACCAACGUACGACAUUAUCUCACCUUGGUCGUCAUGCGUUCAAUAAACUUUCAAAAUUGAAACAGAGUGGAUAUUUCGCAGAACUCGAAGAGCUUUACGAAAUCGUUGUGUACAUCGCAGAUACUCCUGUAAGCUCAUCAUGGACACAAACGUGCAUUUCACAAGGUGACUGUAUCUUACUCUUGGCUGAUGCAACAUGUGACCCGAAGAUUGGUGAAUUUGAAAGGCUUUUGUUGAAAAGUAAAACUACAGCUAGAACGGAUCUAAUUUUACUUCAUCCCGAGCGAUACGUGGUUCCAGGCUCGACAUCUAAAUGGUUAAAAAAUCGAAUGUGGAUUCAGUCCCAUCACCAUAUACAGUUUACCCCAAUGGAAAAGGUAGCAGAGCCCGAUCCAAUACCAAAUAUAAAACCGCUAUCCCAAUUAGUCGAGAAGUUCAAGGAGAAUACAAAAAAGACACAAGAGAACUUUGUAAAGUUUUUACCAGAUUCAAUCAAAACCACUGUGGAAACAUUAUCUGGAAAAUACAUCGAUCCUAAACCUAAUCCAAAAUUCUACACUUCAGUUGAUCCUAUCAAGAAUGAUUUCCUAAGACUAGCUAGAACUCUUUCAGGCCAAGCUGUUGGUCUAGUUCUUGGUGGAGGAGGGGCACGUGGAUUAAGUCAUCUUGGUAUCAUUAAGGCUCUAGAGGAGCAAGGAAUUCCAAUUGAUAUAAUCGGAGGAACGUCAAUUGGUUCGUUCGUUGGAGGUUUAUAUGCCAUGGACUACGAUCUUGUUCCUAUAUAUGGCCGAGUCAAGAAGUUCGCUGGUAGAGUUGGUUCACUAUGGAGAAUGCUAAGUGAUUUGACUUGGCCAGUUACAUCAUACACUACAGGACAUGAGUUUAAUCGUGGUAUAUGGAAAUCUUUUAGAGACUACAGGAUUGAAGAUUUUUGGAUUUCAUAUUACUGUAACUCGACGAAUAUUACAGAGUCAGUUCAAGAGAUUCACUCAUCAGGUUUUGCAUGGCGUUAUAUUAGAGCUUCUAUGUCACUUGCGGGCCUUCUUCCUCCAAUUGUGGAUAACGGUAAUAUGUUACUAGAUGGAGGUUAUGUCGACAACUUACCAGUGACCGAAAUGACACAGAGAGGUUGUAAAAUUGUGUUUGCAGUAGACGUUGGAUCAGUCGAUGAUAGGACUCCAAUGUCAUACGGAGACUCUUUGAACGGAUUUUGGAUUGUUUUAAAUAGAUGGAAUCCAUUUUCGAAACACCCCAACAUUCCUAAUAUGGCGGAAAUACAAAUGAGAUUAGGAUAUGUUGCUUCUGUCAAUGCCUUAGAAAGGGCUAAAAGUACACCAGGUGUGGUGUACAUCAGGCCUCCUAUUGAGAACUAUGCGACUUUGGAUUUUGGUAAGUUUGAAGAAAUAUACCAAGUAGGCUACGCGUACGGUCAUGACUUUUUACAACAUCUGCAAGAGAAAAACGAAUUACCGCCAAUUGCGGGUACCACAACUUCUGCUUAUGCCGACAAAGAAAACAUGUUACAAAGACGGAACAGUAUAUAA